CAGUGUUGCGUAAGCUAAUUUUAAAUUACUUUUUAUAAAAGAAAUAUAUCGACCGUAUUUUAUACCAUAAAGAUAUUACAAUUUCAACAAAUAAUUUAUUUUAGGGGUCUAUAUAUUUAAAAACUAAACUAAGAACUACAUAAUAAUAUGGUAAUUUUUUUGUCAAGAGUUGUAAUAAAAUAUGGUACAAACAUAUAUCCACCGCUAUAUGAUAUACUUAUAUGAAAUAUAGAACGUAAAUAAAAUUUGUGAUUAAAUAAAUCUAUACCAAAAUUAGAGAAAACAUCGGUUCAGUAACUAUUUUUUUGAUAUAAGUACAAUGGUAAAUUUUGCUUUAUUGUUUAAAUGAAUUAAUAUCACUUGUAUGGUAAUGAUAAGUUUUGCUUUUUGGAUUAUAUAAAUUAUUAUUACUUACAUAUAAUAACAAACUCUGUUACAAUAGUUAUUUUUUCCCGUCCACUCAUAGUUAAAUUGAAUUUUCAGUUUGCCCAUUAAUAAGUUAUUUAAAAUGCUUGAAAAUAUGCCGCAUAUUUACCUAUAUAUUGUUAGCAUUAAACAUCAAUUAAUAACCAAAAUUUAAAAUAUUUAUAAAUAAUUAUUUAGGCGUUUUCUGCUACGCGCAACCCGUUUUAACCCCUCGCCACCCUAACUCACGAAUACCACAUUGUUGGAUUCAUUGUGAACGUACACCUCAGGGGUGGCGAAACUAUUGUGAAUGGGACUUUUGCUACUCCCUUAUACCAUGCCUUCCAGUUUUUUUACUUGGUAACACUGAAAGUGUAUAAGAAUUAUUUGACAAAAAUUGGCAGACGGCGUCUUUGUAGCAAGACAUUUUCACAGUUCCAUACAAGAUGUUCGGAUUAAGGACCGCUAUAAAGUCGGACAGGAGCAUUUUGCCACUGUUAUGCAACUUAAAACGGGGCGCUGCAGCAAAAGCCGCUGCUAAGGCUGCCGCUGGAGCUAAUGGCAAGAUCGUUGCUGUAAUUGGUGCCGUCGUUGAUGUUCAGUUUGACGAUGACUUGCCACCAAUCCUUAAUGCUUUGGAGGUGGAAAAUCGCGCUCCACGUCUUGUGUUGGAAGUCGCUCAACAUUUGGGAGAAAACACAGUGCGUACGAUUGCUAUGGAUGGUACAGAAGGUCUGGUACGAGGACAAAAGGUUCUAGAUACUGGUUACCCAAUUCGUAUCCCAGUAGGUGCUGAAACUUUAGGCCGUAUCAUCAAUGUUAUUGGUGAACCAAUUGAUGAACGCGGUGCAAUCCCAACCAAUAAGACUGCCCCUAUUCACGCUGAAGCUCCAGAAUUCGUGGAUAUGUCAGUCGAACAAGAAAUUCUGGUAACUGGGAUUAAAGUGGUCGAUUUGUUAGCCCCUUAUGCCAAGGGUGGUAAGAUUGGAUUGUUCGGUGGCGCCGGGGUCGGAAAAACUGUAUUGAUUAUGGAGCUUAUUAAUAAUGUGGCAAAGGCUCAUGGUGGUUAUUCGGUAUUUGCUGGAGUAGGCGAACGCACUCGCGAAGGAAAUGAUUUGUAUAAUGAAAUGAUUGAGUCUGGUGUAAUUUCAUUAAAGGAUAAAACAUCAAAGGUCGCUUUAGUAUACGGUCAAAUGAACGAACCCCCAGGCGCUCGCGCACGUGUUGCAUUGACUGGAUUGACUGUUGCCGAGUACUUCCGUGAUCAGGAAGGACAAGAUGUGCUGCUUUUCAUUGACAACAUUUUCCGCUUCACCCAAGCUGGUUCAGAAGUGUCUGCCUUGUUGGGUCGUAUUCCAUCUGCUGUGGGUUAUCAACCAACACUAGCCACUGAUAUGGGAUCUAUGCAGGAACGUAUUACAACUACGAAGAAAGGUUCUAUUACCUCAGUGCAGGCCAUUUAUGUGCCAGCGGAUGAUUUGACUGAUCCUGCUCCAGCAACAACAUUUGCUCAUUUGGAUGCUACAACCGUAUUGUCGCGUGCCAUUGCAGAAUUGGGCAUUUAUCCAGCUGUGGAUCCCUUAGAUUCCACAUCUCGUAUCAUGGAUCCUAACAUCAUUGGUCAAGAGCAUUAUAAUGUAGCUCGUGGUGUCCAGAAAAUUUUGCAGGACUACAAAUCGCUGCAGGAUAUUAUUGCUAUUUUAGGAAUGGACGAGUUGUCUGAAGAAGAUAAACUUACAGUUGCUCGCGCACGCAAGAUCCAACGUUUCCUGUCUCAACCAUUCCAGGUCGCUGAAGUGUUCACUGGUCACGCUGGAAAAUUAGUCCCAUUGGAAGAAACUAUCAAGGGAUUCACUCAAAUCUUGUCAGGUGAAUACGAUCACCUUCCUGAAGUCGCUUUCUAUAUGGUUGGACCAAUCGAAGAAGUGGUACAGAAAGCCGAGCGUUUGGCAAAGGAAGCUGCUUAGGCUUAUGAAAUAUGAAUUGUAAAAAUUAAGCUGAUUUAACAAAAAAAAUUUAAAAAGGUGUUCACACAACAUCUAAUAUUGAAAUAA